CUUUGUUCUUACUUCAGAGGUCCACAAGCAAACAAAAUGCAGAAAUUCUCUCUCUCUCUCUCUCUCUCUCUCUCUCUCGUGUCACCUUCUUAACUCACUGACCAUGCCUCGCUGAAGCUCUGGAGAAUUGGUGAAACUCAGUUUUGCUUCACCAAAUAGAGCGUGGUGAUCUUUGUAUUUCUGUUAAAAAAACAGUCUUUGAGCCGUACUACUUUGUUUGGCGCAUCUUUGUUCCACGAAAUAGCCAUGUCAGAAGUUGCAGAAACCAGUAACAUCUCUGUAGCGCCUCUGACUAACAACAACAAGUCUGUUUCAAUGGGAGAAUUGCAGAAUAUUCAUGACGCUGCACAAAUUUAUCAGAUUAAGACCAAAAUCUCAGCCACCAAACAAGGAAAUCGAUCAGUGACAGAGUAUUCCAAUUGCUUGAAAAGUUUAUGGCAGGAGAUGGAUCAUUAUCAAUGGAUCCAGAUGAAAUGUAGUGAGGAUGCAGCCAUUCAUAAAAGGUAUGUUGAAGAAGAUCGGAUUUAUAACUUGCUUGCAGGAUUGAACAUUAAGUUUGAUGCGCUAAGAGCACAAGUGCUUGGAAAAGAAGAGUUGCCAUCUUUGGAUGAGGUAAUAGCAAUUUUUCUUGCUGAGGAAGGAAGAAGGGGAGUUACGAUUGAAACUCAAAGAGUGGAGAGCUCUGCCUUGGUAUCUAGGAAUACUACUACCAAGAAUUAUAGCUUUGAGCAGCAUGUUGGUGAGAGCAACGGGCAAGCAGAGUUGUCAAAGCUUUUUAACAAGGAUUCAUUGUGGUGUACAUGGUGCAAAAAGCCUCGGCAUACUAAAGAGAAGUGCUGGAUACUUCAUGGCAAGCCUCAGGCCAUGAAUAAGACACACUCAAAGAAAGGUGGACAGUCAAAUGGACAGAGACAGGUCCAUAUGGCAAUCACAGAUUCAUGGAAUGAGGAUCCUACACAUGUUGAAUUCAACAAAGAAGAGAUUGAGAAAUUAAAAGGAACACCUGCUAUACAGGCUGCUGGUCCCCCUGCACCAGCAUGUAGUGCACCACCCCAACCAGAUACCACUUCUUUCAGUCAUCUUGCAGUUAACCAAGCUCCUUCUCCAGUUCUUAUUCAGAAUGGUGAUGGUGGUGGAUCAUUGCUCGGAACUAUAAGUCAGGGCGUGGGUAGUCCUUUGGCACACACAAAUACGGAUACUAUGUUGGGUCCUGGCGUGGACAGUGCUUGGGCACACAACACUACAACUGAUGUGUUGGGUUCUGGAGUGGGUAGUGCUUUGGCACAGACAACAACCCAUGAUGUGUUGGGUUUUGGUGUGGGUAGUGCUUUGGUAGAGACAACUACAAAUGAUUCGUUGGGUUCUGGUGUUUGUAGUGCUUUGGCACUUACAACUAUGGAUGAUAUGUCGAGUUCUGGUGUCGGUAGUGCUUCGACACACACAACCACAGAUGAUGCAUUGGUUCCUGUUGACCAAGAUCCUCCAGCUCCUGAAAAGAGUGGUGGUGCAUCAUUGCUUGGAACAAUAGGUCAAGGCCUAUUUUCUAUAGGCGUGGCGAGUGCAUUGGUUCACAAAGCCAUAGAUGUUGCACUUGGUCCUGGUGUGGUUAGUGAUUUGGCACACACUACGUUGGAUAUUUAUGCAAAUCAACAUGACAAUACGGUGUCUGCAAAGGCUGCUGCUGCUGUUGGCGUAUCGAUCGGUUUGUGUAAAUACCUAGGUUCUGGCAAUCAGGCAACAGGUGGAAGAGAAGCACCAAACUCACAAAAGAAGUUCAAUUCUAAACACAGUUAUGGAAGAGGCAAACCUCCUGCACGAGGCGGAAGGCAUGGUGCCUCAACUGGCCAAAGGCAAGGGACAUUCAACAGGCACCCGCAGGCGCACUCUGGUGCACCCAAAUUCAAAAAGCAGCCAGGUGGGUCUAAACCAUGAUGGUCCUUUGAGCCAAGAGACUGAAAAAAGAAAGGAGAGAAGGGGGUCAUGGUGUAAAAUUUUAUGCAUUAUGCAAGUCCUUUGUCUUUGAGCCCUUGUUUCUUUUAUGAGUGGUGGUGGCUUCACAGUAUGAUACUGAGUUACUGACUCGUUAUUUUCAGUGUUACUGUAAUAUGACCCUUGAGUUGAAAGUAAAGCGCAUCCCCUUCUACUUUGCAA